ACUCGGUGUCACGACGGGAGGAGACUCGGGCCUGCCGCGCUCCCGCCCCCGCCCCCCUCCCUGGCUGGUCGCGGCGCUCGGAGCCCCCUUCCCGGCGCCCCCAGCCGCGGGGCCACUCGCCCAAGACUCGCACCAAACUUUUCCGCCCUGGCCUCAGGAUCCUGGACUCUGGGGCCUCCCUGCCCGCCCCUUUCCCCGGUUCCACCUCGAGCCUCUCUCUGGACUAGGAGCGAGCAGUCCCCCUCCCCGCGUCCCUCCCUCUCUCUCCAGCCCUUUUUGGGGAGGGGCUCUCCACGCUCGGGGGAGUUCCAGAGGGUCACCAGCGCCGCGCUCGCCUGUCUAUUUCGCCUUCACCUGGAUAUAAUUUCCAAGCGAAGCUGCCCCCAGGAUGACCACGCUGGCCGGAGCUGUGCCCAGGAUGAUGCGGCCGGGCCCAGGGCAGAACUACCCGCGCAGCGGGUUCCCGCUGGAAGUGUCCACUCCCCUCGGCCAGGGCCGCGUCAACCAGCUAGGAGGUGUAUUUAUCAACGGCAGACCGCUCCCCAACCACAUCCGUCACAAGAUCGUGGAGAUGGCCCACCACGGCAUCCGGCCCUGCGUCAUCUCCCGCCAGUUGCGCGUGUCCCACGGCUGCGUCUCUAAGAUCCUGUGCAGGUACCAGGAGACUGGCUCCAUCCGUCCCGGGGCUAUCGGCGGCAGCAAGCCCAAGCAGGUGACAACGCCUGACGUGGAGAAGAAAAUUGAGGAGUACAAAAGGGAGAACCCAGGCAUGUUCAGCUGGGAAAUUCGAGACAAAUUACUCAAGGACGCGGUCUGUGAUCGAAACACCGUGCCCUCAGUGAGUUCCAUCAGCCGCAUCCUGAGGAGUAAAUUCGGGAAAGGCGAAGAGGAAGAGGCCGACCUGGAGAGGAAGGAGGCGGAGGAGAGCGAGAAGAAGGCGAAACACAGCAUCGACGGCAUUCUGAGCGAGCGAGCCUCAGCACCCCAAUCAGAUGAAGGCUCCGACAUCGACUCUGAACCAGAUUUGCCGCUAAAGAGGAAGCAACGCAGGAGCCGGACCACCUUCACCGCAGAACAGCUUGAGGAACUGGAACGUGCUUUUGAGAGAACCCACUACCCUGAUAUUUAUACCAGGGAGGAACUGGCACAGAGGGCGAAGCUCACCGAGGCCCGAGUACAGGUCUGGUUUAGCAACCGCCGUGCGAGAUGGAGGAAGCAAGCUGGGGCCAAUCAACUGAUGGCUUUCAACCAUCUCAUUCCGGGGGGGUUCCCUCCUACUGCCAUGCCCACUCUGCCAACGUACCAGCUGUCUGAGACCUCUUACCAGCCCACAGCUAUUCCGCAAGCCGUGUCGGAUCCCAGCAGCACUGUUCACAGACCUCAGCCGCUUCCUCCGAGCACUGUACACCAAAGCACUAUUCCUUCCAACCCGGACAGCGGCUCUGCCUACUGCCUCCCCAGCACCAGGCAUGGAUUUUCCAGCUAUACAGACAGCUUUGUGCCUCCAUCCGGGCCCUCCAACCCCAUGAACCCCGCCAUUGGCAAUGGCCUUUCACCUCAGGUAAUGGGACUUCUGACCAACCACGGUGGGGUACCCCAUCAGCCCCAGACCGAUUAUGCUCUCUCCCCUCUCACUGGGGGCCUGGAACCUACCACUACGGUGUCGGCCAGCUGCAGUCAGAGACUAGACCAUAUGAAGAGCUUGGACAGUCUGCCAACAUCUCAGUCCUAUUGUCCACCCACCUAUAGCACCACGGGCUACAGUAUGGACCCUGUCACAGGCUACCAAUAUGGGCAGUAUGGACAAAGUGCCUUUCAUUAUCUCAAACCAGAUAUCGCCUAAGUGAACUGUCCACUUGGAGCUGAAACUGGCCCUGUUUCCGGUCUCCACAGCCUAGACGUGAAGAAUCUUCUCAGAAAAAAAAAAAAAUCACCCUUUUGGGGGGCAGUCCCGACAGGAGACAGAGGAGAGGGAUUGAUUUUCUUUCUCCAGUAGUUGGUUUCAAAUUCUUUUGAACGUGUGGGACAAAAGCGGUGGAGAAAAGGAAGACCCGGAACAAUAAAAGACACAUGCAACAUUUUAAGGCAAUGAUUUAACGUGGCUACAUAUCAAAAUAUCCCAGCUCUUUAGUGCUGAUGAUCGAGGAGCUAAAACAUUCCAUUUGUAUGUGUGUGUGUGUGUGUGUGUGUGUGUAUGUGCACGUGUGGGCUUAUGUGAGAUUUAUCUGGCCUGGUUUGGGCAAGCAGAAUGUUCUAAAAUAAUAGUCAGAGAAUACUCUAAACUAUAACAUGUUUAAUGUCCAAUGCUGACACUUCUACAACUUUAAAACUGCUCACUUAAUGAAGCAGGAACGGAGGAAUCCUUGACUUUUACACACUGGAAAUUGACAUAAAAAUAAAUGCCACCAUUUUUAGGAAGUUAGACUAGAUGUAAAGGACCUCCCAAAUAAAUUAUUUGUUAUCUUAUCUUCAUUUGUAAUCCAGUUGUCAAUAAAUGUCCCGUCUUGCUAACAGGAUAUGGGGGAGCAGGAAGAAAAGCUGGUUUUCUUUCCUGGUGUGGGAGAGGUGUGUGGUGUGUUCCCAAUUCAUUUUCAUUUGGAAGCCAACCUGGAUGGGGGGAGGGCAUGGUGGAGAAGAAGUGAUGUGCAUUCCCACAGCUGCUUAUCAGUGUGCAAUACUGUGUACCUCACGGAUGCUUUGGCAGUGGCCAGGGCCAUAUAAACAGAAUCAGAACUAUAUUUUUGCAGGUGCUUUAUUUUCGCAGCCCAUGAUUCAUUGUGGUAGAAUGCAGUGACGUUCGCCAUUUGCUGGACAACCAACACCCAACUUGCUCCUUUUGAUUAGAGACCAUGUUCGAGAAUAAUGCUUUUAAAAUGAUUACGUUUACAUUCUUCUCUUUUCUGUGAAAGGUAGGGCAAGAACAGAAAUGUCCACGUGGCUCUCAUGUACUUUUAAAUUAUACAAUGAUAUCCAAUAUUGAAAGAUUAUAGGAACUGAGGUUUAUAUACAUUUGUGUGGUGACAUUUUAGAAUGUCAAUAAAUUUGUUGUUCGAGAUGUUAAGAGGAGCAAGAAGGUGGAAGGCAGUGUUAUUUAUUUCUUUCUAUUCUUGGAACCAUGAACGAGGUAGGCGCAAAUACAUUCCUUUUAGAGCUAAGAACUAUGACGUAGUGAGUUAGCGAGACUAGACAUAGUACCGAGCUUAGUUCAUACAUUGGUCUUAGAGGGUGAUGGAUUAGGAGAAGUGCUGCCUUUGUGUUGCAGCCUCAGCCAACAACAAUGUGUUGUAAAAAUGUCUUUCAUGUAAAAAGUGCAGUAAAUAUUUACUAUUUAUAAUGAAUAAACAGUUAUGAAAACUUG